UCUAAUAAUUUAAAUACACCCUUACAUAAGAAUAAUUUAAUUGAUCGAUUACUUCUUGAUGUAAGGCUUACAGAAUUAAAAUCCUUGAAUGAUUUCAAAAUCUUAGUAAACAUGAUUGAAGAAACCCAAAGUAAAAAUUCAUAUGUAAAAUAUGGUAGAUAUGUUGAAGAUUGUGCCAAAAAUCUAGAAUGGCACAAACUUUUAAGCACAUCAAUUGUGGCUCAAACUUUACUAAGAAUGUCAUUAAGUCCUAAUAACUUGAUUCUUUCUGGAAUAUUGGAUAUUUCUACUCUGAUAAAUGAAAACAUUCCAACAGUUAUGAAAGCUUUAAAAAAGAAGAAAUUGGAUGCAAUCACUAGUCAAGCAAGCUUAGAUAGAAAUAAUGAUAAAGGUCCUAUUAAAAAAUACGAUAUCUUUGGUAUGUGCAAAGAUGAAAAAUAUAAUAUAGAACUCAUGCUUGGCGAGAUAUCUCAUGGGCCCCAAGACGAAACUCAUAUUCAUUCAAUUGAAAACAGAAAUAAGUUAGGAAAAGGAGCAAAGGAUUCAUUGGAUA